GGCAGGUGGGGGAGGGCCGAGGGCUGCAUCUGAGCCUCAGUCCCCCACCCCCAGGGUCCCUGCAGCAGCAGCAGAAGCAGCAGCCAGGCUAUGAGCUCCGAGUGCAGGAAUCGGUGACGGUGCAGGAGGGUCUGUGUGUCCACGUGCCCUGCUCCUUCUCCUACCCGUGGAGUCCGUGGUCUUCCCCUAGUGAACUCUACACCUACUGGUACCGGGACGGGGACAACAUAAACCGUGAUGCUGCUGUGGCCUCAAAUGACCCAGACAAAGCAGUGAAGACAGAGACCCAAGGCCGCUUCCUCCUCACAGACCCCAGGACCAACAUCUGUUCCCUGCGCAUCAGAGACGCCAGGAGUCGUGACUCAGGACGCUACUUCCUCCGAGUGGAGAGAGGGAAUUUCCAAGGAUAUAAGUUCCAAGGAUAUACUUACGCAGAUAAGACGCUGGAUUUGCAGGUAACAGCCAUGACAGAGAAACCCCACAUCUGGAUGAGGGAGCCUCUGGAGUCCGGCCGCCCCACACAGCUGGCCUGCAGCCUGUCAGGGGCCUGCAAAGGGGGACGACCUCUCACCUUCUCCUGGGCGGGAGCUGCUGUGGACUCGCUGGACCCCCAGACCCUCCGCUCCUCGGUGCUCACCUUCACCCCGAGGCCCCAGGACCAUGGCACCAACCUCACCUGUCAGGUGAAACGGGAAGGGUCCCAGUGGACCACACAGAGAACCAUCCGGCUCAAUGUUUCCUGUGAGUGUUGGAGUGGGGGCUGGGUCCCUAGAG